AUGCUGGCUGAAUGUCCCGGGGAAACACGUGAAGAUGAUCUCCCAGAUGAUCGCGUUUUAUCUGCAGAAGGACUUACAUGGAUUAUGUUCUUUGAUGGAGCAGUAAACCUGUCUGGCUCUGCUGAGUAUGAAGCAUGUAUUCUCGAUCUACAAGUAGCAGUUGACAUGAAAAUAACCAAACUGAAAGUGUUUGGUGAUUCUGCCUUAAUCAUCCUCCAGACUGUGAGUGAAUGGAGGACUAGGGAUGCUAAGCUAGUACCCUAUCAUGAUUAUUUGGAAGAAUUGGUGACAGAAUUCGAUGAGAUUUCGUUUGACUACUUAUCAAGAUCUCACAACCAAUUCGCUGAUGCACUGGCUACGCUAUCAUCCAUGUUACAAGUCACCAAUGAUUUGGAAAUAGAACCUCUGAAGAUUGAAGUCCUGACCAGACCAGUCCAUUGUAUGGCCGUGACCGAGGAACCCGAUGGAAAACCAUGGUAUUAUGAUAUCAUGAACUACAUCAAAGAGCAACAAUUCCCUGAAGGAAUUACCCCUGCGGACAGAAAGUAUAUAAUGAAGAUGGCGACGAAGUUCUUCGUCAGUGGUGAGAACUUGUACAAGAGGUCCUAUGAUUCUAUUCUGCUAAGAUGCGUGGACGCGACCGAAGCAAUGCGAAUUAUGCAAGAAUUGCAUGAAGGAGUUUGCCUCACCAUUGCAGCAUAG